GCAGGGAAGGGGUAAAGCCUCGCUGCUCGGCCCCACUGCGCAAGCGUGCUAACCUUGGGCCUCCGGCCAGUCCGUGCGCAGGCGCAUCCGAAAGCGCGGGUCCCUUUGUGUUCCCCAUCCGAGCGUUCAUGGGUUUCCAUGGUGACAGCUGCGGUCGGGUUCGUCCCCACGCCCCGCAGCUUUAUUGCCGGCGGCGACUAAGGCCCUGGUCCGGGAGGCCUGAGAGGCGCAGCAGGUCACGACCUAGCCCAGAGGAUGGCCCCCGCCUGGCUGACGGACUAGCCCCGCGCCGUGCCCUGCGACGAGAUGGAGGGGGGCUAUUCUGCUCCAGAGUCGCCGCCGCCACCACUGACGCUCCUUGACUUCACGGAGGGCGGCGCCGGCAAGGCCCGGACCCUGUCCAUCACCCUCCCCAAAGACGUGCAGAACGUCAUUGAGGGCCUCCUCUUCUCGCCGUCCCUUAUCCUGGACCUGAGCAAAAGAGGCCUCGCCCACUUAAACGAGGAAAUCUUCAAAGUCCCUCAUCUGAAACAGCUGCAUCUCCAAAGGAAUGAACUCAGCAUCAUCCCCAAAGACUUCUUCCAGCUCCUGCCGAGCCUCGUGUGGCUGGACCUCCGGCACAACCAAAUCCAGGCCAUUCCCUCUGGGAUUGGAGCUCACAAGAAUCUGAAAACUUUGCUUAUGGAAAAGAAUCCCAUCAAAUCAUUGCCUGUGGAGCUGGGGAACUUGAUGUCGCUGAAAGCCUUGAACCUGAGGAACUGCCCUCUGGAAUUCCCUCCCCAAGACGUCGUCCAGAAGGGGCUCGUGGCCAUCCUGGCCUUCCUCCGCACGUGGGCCCUGAAGCACGUGGUCGACGCCGGCCCGCUGUACCAAGAAAUCGUCCCCAUGAAAAGGGCGAAUUCUUUCAAAGAGUCCUCGAAAGGCAAACGCAGCUCGCCUGAAAGGCCAGCCUCCACCAAGGAGGCUCUGCCGCUGUGGAGGCCCCGGCCGGAGGCUCCCAAAGGGAGGGAGUACUCCUUCCCGCCGGUGGAAAAGCUGAACCUGGCCGACGUCGGGGAGCCAAGCAUGGAUUUCUCCGAGGACUGGGCCAACGAGGAAGAGAUGAAGCAGUUCUGGAAGCUGAGGCAGGAAAUCGUCGCCAACGAGAAGGCGGAAAUCCUGGCCAACCAGCUGCUGCCCGUCCAGUUCCCCCUGGAGCUGGGAGAAGCGCUGCCCAACCGCCGCGGCAAGGAGCGGCCGCAGAAGCCCAGGAGCAACUUCAGGAUUCCACUGAAGAGACCUCACAAUCCCAGAAAGAAAAUCUCUUCGUUCAAGAACAUGUUUCCUGAAAUCCCGUCGUACGAGACAGCAAUUCAAACCCGGAAAGACGAAGACAGACGGGUGGCUGCCCUGAAGGAGCUCAAGGAGAAGCAAGCUUUGAUAGAGCAGCGGAAAAGAGAUAAGAAGAUGCUGCAGAAGUGGCGCGAGCAAGCCGCAGCCAUGAAGAAAGAAAAGGAGGCCCUCAUGACGGUGCAGCCUCCACCCAUGGAUCUGGUCUUAAUGAACGCACCGUUUGCAACCGAUCCUCUGGCUGAGAAAAAAGAAUUGGAUUCCCUCAAAAAGAAGCAGCUGAAUCAGUGGAAACUGAGGCCAGAGAAGGACGAGCUCAGGGCUUCCAAAGACCUGGAGAUCGAAGAAAGGAUAAAGCAGCACAUGCAGGCCUUGCAGGAGAGGAGGAGGAGGGCCCGAGGGACCCCUCAGGAGGAAAUGCAGGGGGCCACCCAGGACCUGGAGAUCGCCAGAAAGCUGCACGACGACGUGGUCAGGAGAUACCUGGAGCCUGACCUGCGCAGGGAGUACCGCUUCACGGCCUUCACCGGAGACGUGAACCUCCACAGCCCCGUAUCUCGGUCCCAGAAUAUAUUUUUGAACAUGAAAUUUUAGGGAUCAGGAGCUCGUCCAGGACGCCCGCCGCCACCUCCCUGCGCCGUGUCGCCGUCUGAGAUCUUCUCGGCGCAGAACACGCAGACGAGACCCUCGUCGGGAGUUCAGGUCCGGCGCCGCCGCCGGCCUCUUUUUUGCCGCUGUUGCUCGUUCGGAGGCCGGCACACGUGUUUUCUCUGCAUUAAACGUGCCCCACGGUC